AUGUCUCUGGCUGACCAGAGCCAGCAGUUGUUCCCCACGAGUGUCCAGGUAACGGUGCAUCAGGCUCGAGACCUGCGCGCGAAGGGCAAGAAUGGCACGAACGACGCCUAUGCCAUCAUGCAAGUGGCCAAAGACAAGUUUUCGACCUCCGUGGCAGAGAAAAGUGUCGCUCCUGUGUGGAAAGAGGAGGCUACGUUCGACCUGCCACUCUUCCACCCGGGAAACGCCGAACGCUGCACCCUCUAUAUCAUAGUUAUGCACCGGGCUCAUGUGGGACUCGACAAGCACCUGGGUCAGGCUGUGGUGAACCUACUGGAUCUGUACGACGACAAGUCCCGCAAAAAGACCGAGUAAGUACACUGGUAAAUAGGUGAAGUUAAAAGUCACGCAUAAGACAUAACUCAUAGGGGAGACUGGGGUAAGUUGAGCCACCCCCUGUUGCUUGGAAAUGGUCAAAGAAAUUAAUCAUUUGACCAAAUAUUAGGUUAGAAGCACAUGGGUGAAGGGGUUAGACAUUUAUUUAAAAAAAAUAUAUACAAUUUUUCACUCUUGAAAGUGAAUUUAGUCUGUCAUAAGUUUUUCUAGGAUUGUGUUCAGACCAAAAAAGAUUAUUUUAAAUUAGUUUUAUACAUCAAUUGUGGUAUCUAUGAGCUACAACAUGAGGUCAGAAACCUUUAAAAGUCCACCAUUUUAGCUUAGAGGACUAAUAAAGUCAUCAUAGUAGUUCUGGGGUAAGUUGAGUCAGUGGCUAAACUGAGAAAGUAAAGUAAAGAGUUUACAAUUUAUAUUGUCAACUUACCCCAUACACGGGGUAAGUUGACCAUAGGAGACCACUUUUUUUGGCAUGUUAUAUUAUCAAGACAGUUAUGUUUACACUCAUUCUGUUGGUUUGCAGGGAUUCACAACAUCUUGAAAUAUAUGCAGAUACACUAGUUAAAGACAAAACUAUGAUCGCCUUGAAUGUAGUGAUUCAAAAUAUGAAAACUCCCCUACACCAUGUGGGAUAGAUAUCUAGGAAUUCAGCAGGGCUUUCCUGACUUUAGAGCUAUGUAUAAGAGUUUACAACCCCCAAAUCUAACCCCUUUUUAAGCCAAAGUAUAGCUGCAUCAUUUAUCCCAGAUAAGCAUCACCAGAGAGCAUCUGCAAACUUUAAGACGCACAGAGAGAAAAGACCCACCCUCCGGUGCUGCACAGGUGAAUCACCACUCACCAAAAAGUUUGACUUAAAGCUACACAUUUUUCAGUAAAACCCGUUUGACCCUUCUCUAUGCACCGGUGUGUUAAAUGCUUUGAACCCCUGAUAAACAUCUUUCUUCAAGGAUCCUCUCUCUGAUAUUCUGACAGAUAAAUUGGAGAUAAAAUUUUCAAGUUUACACUCACUUAAAAUACCAUAGCCACUAGUUUAUAUCAGUGUUAUAUAUAUUAUUACCUGUGACAUUUACCUUUGUAUUAGGUCUUCAGUCAUCUUGCUGUUCUAUUUUGUUUGAAGUUAAGUGGAUGAACAACACAAUACACAAUUCUACAAAUCAUUCAAAAUGUCUAAGUCUGUUCCUGGUUUUGCAGAAAAAAAGUGAACAAUUUAAAAUCCUGAAUUAUCAUCAGUCCUGUUAUUAACUUUCAUUAUAUUCUCCAUCAGUCAUUCUGUCCACUCUUUCCUUUUUAAAGACACGAGUGAAGUUCACGUGUCUAAAAUUUGUAUUUAUACAAAUGAAUAAUACAUUCUUUUGAGAUAACCUUUUGUGCGAAUAGCUUACCUCAAACACAAUAUUUUGAACAGGCCACUAAAGGGAAGAAAAAAACAAGCUAUUAACUUUGAAAUGUAAACUCUAAGAUAGCAUCUCUCUCCACCCCAUUCCUUUUUAUCAGUGACUGAGACAAAAAACAGAAACUCUGGGAUUGUGGGAAAACAGACAGAGAUAACUAUGAUCUCAUCACUUCUCUUUUCCUGCUGGGCAAACCCCCUAACACUGGGCUGACACUUGUACUACGUAAACACAGCUGAUCGUGUCACUACCAUCUUUGUAACGCCUAUUUGGAAAAUUAUUUUCCCACAUCGGUGUCGUUAAUCCCUCACAUUCUUCAGGGCUAUUCACCGACGUUCAACACGUCUGCUGCUCACGCCCAGCUAUGUGGACUGAGUCAGAGACUUCUGUAGUUUUACAUGGGAUGGGUGUGACGCGGGUGUACCGGGCAUCAAAAUAAAACAUUGCACUAGGGUUAAAUCUGUAUUUACACACCCUCUUACAUAAGUGGGGUUUUUAAGAUGACAAUAUUGAGUAUGUUUUGGUCUUGACCCGUAGAACUGCUCCCACCCACACUAGUAAAACUUUCUUUAGACUGAGUCGUGUUGGUUCUCAGUGCUUCACUUAAGUCCGCCUGUAGCACAAGUAUGACCUCAUUCACUUCUUUAUUGUACCAUCAUAUCUGAAAUGUUAUCUUCUGUUUGCUCAGGACGUUUUUACUGUUCUCUUUUAAUGGCAAAGUUCAUUCCUUACAUACUCCUUUCCACUCUCCUUGUUGCUCUCCUGGCCUCCCUCCUCCUCCCUCUGCCUCCCUCAGGACCCAGUAUGCAGGCAAGGUAUUAGAUGUUGCUGUUUUGGCACUGAAGCGUAGGGUGUUAAAUUACUAUUCUUGAGGCCAGUGGAGCUGAUACAGGCUGUGACAUUGAGGACUUUCUUUCCUGCUAAAAGGGAGCCUGGCUGUUACUUUAAUACCAUAGAGUGUUUUUGAGUGGAUCAGGGCUGUUGUAUAGUUUUCAGUUUGUGUGGGAAUAGAGUAAGAGACAUUUGCUAUUAGAAUAUUGGACAUGAAACGGGGAACUUUUUCCCUUUUUGCUGACUAAAUCCCCAUUUAGGCUUAGAUAAUAACUUAUAACCAAAAUAUAAAGAUUAUUGUCAGAGUAAGAAAAGCUUCCCACUAUGUUUCUGUCAGUGAAAGAUAUUACUUUCAUGGCUGGAUAUGGAGUUACAGUAUUGAGAUCCAGUUGUAAAGCCAGUUCACCUGAGGUUCACUUGUUAAGACAUUCGAUCCCUAUUGUUUGCUAAACACAAAGCAGAGCUGUGAAACUACCCUGACAUAUUUUUUUAAUCCAACAUAAAGAUAUACCUUUAUAAAAACAGCACAUUGCAAAAACUAUGUUCAAUGAAAAACAUUAAAACUUGUAAAAAAAAAAAGGCUGUGAAAGUUCUGAAGAGGUGCUAAAUCAAUAUUUUGGAUGAAGUUACCCAUUCUGCUCUUCUGACACAUUAUUGCCUGCACAGCUCAUGUUGUCCACUCACAGGAUAAAUACACACUCUCUCGUUAAUCAUUACACAUGAGACUGAAGUGCCCUUGACGGUUAAGUGCGGGAACCUGCCCAGCAGGACUGGUGACAGCGUGCAUCGGGCACGGCUCUUUAAUUCUGCACAAACAGAACAAGACAUGCACACCCUGUUGUUCCGUUAAUAACUGGAAAAAUGCAUUGUCUCUGUACUGUCAAUUGGGCUGCAAGACAAGAACAACCAGCUGUUUCUUUUUUUGGGCUGUAGAAAAGUUGAUGUCUGUGUAGUCGCAGUCAUGCUUAGGGUAGCGAUUGUUUGUCUUUGCUCGCUUUGGUGCUGGAUUUAAGGAGGGAAAUGAGGAAUGUUUGAAUUAGGCUCAGACUGACUUUGAUUACAUCACGUUGAUCAGAUACUCCCUGCGUGUUUGAAAGUGUUUGAGGAAUGUUGGUUUACUCCCAUGCCCCUUCCCCCAGUGUUAUUGCUAUCCUCCAAAGAGCCUGUCUGUGUGCCUGCUACUAUGUGUGACACUGUAAAAUGAAAUUCUCAACAGUGCACACACACACAUGAACUACUGAUUAGGGCCCGACCGAUUUAUCGGCGAGACGAUUAAAUCGGUCAAUUUUAGCCCGUUUGAGACUAAUCGGUAAUCGGACAAAACUCGCAGAUUUUCGGAUCAGAAAUAAAUUGCGAAGAAUAAGAUUUGGUUUCACUUCGAAAAUUUUCUGCCAUUUGAAAAGUUCCCCGACUUAUCCUGUAGAUAAUCUUCAUCUACUAACUACCUCACAGCACAGCAGAGUGACAGAUCUGAAGCAGGCAGUUCAGUGACGCACGGAGGAGAGUGGUCCGCCUCAACGGUACAUAAACCAGUUUGUGAAAUACACAAUAAGUCAACAAGUUUCAUUUCAACCCACUUCACGAUGUUCCAGCUGUGCUGGUCUUGGCCACACGAGUUAACUGUGAAGCACCAUGUAAUAUGCAAGCUAAAGUUAGAGUUAGCCACCUGCUAUUAGCCUUGCUACACUGUUAGCCGUGCCAGUAAUGGUAGAAUAAACAACAUUGCGUGAUCGAGCUACUCUCUUUACUAAGGCAGCUGCAUGUCUCCAGAUAAGACUGGACCAGAAAUGUGUAACGUGAGUUAAGACGCGGAGGCACCGAUGGGCGUGGGGUGGGGGGGUUGGGGUGGGGCUAGUUGAAAACGCUUUUCUGGUCCGAGUUUGAUCAGUCUGUCUUCCUGUCGUCGUGAAGAGCAGUAGCCUACAGUAUAUCUACAGUAUAUAGUAGUAUAGUAUACUUUAAAUAUCUACAGUGUAUUUAUUUCUAUAACUUCAUAAAAAAUUUAAAAAAUUGGCCAAUUAAUCAGUAAUCAGACCCCCCCCAAAAAAAAUCCAUAUCGGUUGGGCCCUACUACUGAUAACUGUGUUGUUAUCGAUAUGUUAUUCAAACUUUGUAGGUCUCACUUGACUUUUGUUUUGUGCUCUUUAGAUUAUAAAAACAUAAAUCCUUCUCAGGCAUAUGAAAUAUUUCUCUGACAUUUAUAAUGAUGUAGCAGUCUGUAAAAAUCAACACAACAAACUAUAAAAACAAAAGAAGAAGAAGUAAAGUAUCAGUCAACAUGCUGUUAAUGUCACUAAAUAGGCCUGUCGCGAUAAUCAAUAAAUCGCCUUAUCGCUCGAUAAAUAAAAACGAGGUCGGUCAUUUUGCCAGCCUCGAUAAUUGACGUGCGUUUGUUUUCCUCCUCUCUCGCUACCAAACACGCUGGAUGAGAGAAGAGGUCUCACUCUGCGUAUUUUUCUCGGCACCUGGGGGCGUUGGCUCUAUAGCGGAAUGAACGGAGUUAGUGAACCCUCCUGUCAGUCAUUCAGUGUCUUUGUCACGAGGGGGCUGGCGCGCACAGGCACACAGAUACAGACUUUUGGAUACAGUGCUGCAAGUGAGCGUCGUGAGUGAAAAGCAAGCAAACAGAAUGAACACGACAGCUUUGGUGUCUAAACCGAACGCAACAGCCCAAGUGUGGGAAUAUUUCGGCUUUAAACCACUUUUGUUUUCGUCAACCACAAAACUCCACGUGUGUGUGUGCGCGCGCGCGCGCGUGUCUGUGUGUUGGAGGAGCACAGCAGGCUGAUGAGAGCUGUCAGAGCGGACUGAAGCUGCUCCUAUAUGUUUAGCGUUUAACUGACUGAGUUUUGCAACUCUGUUCGUCAUUUUCGUCUCGUCCCAUCAACGUAAACGCACUUUCGUCUCGUCACAUUUUAGUCAUCUCCGACUUAUGUUUAGCUCGUCAACGCUACGUCUUCGUCGUGGGUGAAAUUAAAGUUUAUCACUUUUGACACGGUCUACUCGCAUUAUUAUGCCAUUUAAUAUCAUUAUCUAUAAUUUAAAAAACUGUGUCAAUAAUAUCGUUUAUCGGCAAUAAUUUGUUGCACAAUUAUCGUCCAGCAAAAUUUGUUAUCGUGACAGGCCUAUCACUAAAUAAUGCGUGACUAACUGCCAUAGUUUAAAAGUAAGUGUUAUCAGUGUCAGUGCAUAGCUCAAUCCUGACGUUUGUCUAAUGUUUGGUUGCAUUAGUGCACUUUUAAUAUCACAGUAUGAGUCGUGGUGUGCUGUCUGAAGGGUUGAUAGAUUUGUGCACUUACAUGAGAGUUGUUAUCAAUAAUAAUCAGCAAGUGGAACAGUUUGAGAACUGUGCUGGGGAACAAAAGAGUUCAACUUCAUAAGGGGAAAAACUUGUCAUAAUAGACACUUCUGCUACAGUGUUGGUCCUGCUAUUAAUAGCGCAGCUUUAGUUUGUACAAGCAGGAAGCGUAAUGACUCGACUUGGUUGUUUUGGCUUCGGUUUUUGAAAGAGCUCUCCAGAACACUCCUACCUAUCCGUGGCAGACAAUAAGAGCUGAUCCUGUACAACAGAGAGGACAUGAGGGGAGAGUUCAACAAAGCUGUGAUUGUCAGGCUUUAUCAGCGAGUGGCAUGGAGCUCUGCACAGGAACUGGAACAAACUGUUUACUAGUUAAUGACACCUAUCACUCUCCGGUCUGACAAGACAGAGCAGACUAAUGACAAAGCUGAAGCAUUUACGACCAGAGCCACUACAAAUGAUCAUACAGGGAUUAUUUAUAGCACAUUGUUCUGUUUUAUAUAGGACUUGUAUUUCGCCUAGUUAACCCCACCUUCAGUGUGCUUCUAUGUGGACUGGUAGGGCCAGUUUAUUAACAAAUGAACUUCAGGAUUAAAAUACAAUUUGAUUAAAAACAAACAGAAGUUAGGGGUGAUACUUUUAUGGACCAGGAUUUUGGUUUAAACUAAAGGCCUGCAAGAAUUUUACUUAAAAUUGUAAGAACACGCUCAGCUGUUUUCCAUUAUUAAAAUAUAUUGCUUUCCUGUCAGACAGACCAUGUGGUUCCUCAAUGUAUGUAAAUUAUGAUGGUGGACUCCACAGCAGGUAAUCCUUGAGAGGCCUAUGAAUGAAAGUUCACUUUUUUUUGCAUUUUCUAAAUAUCAAACUUUUUGGUAUGAAAUUAUUUUAUUAUUUUGUUUUUCAUCAUAGAUAAUAGAUCAUAUUAACUAGUGUGAAAAUCAGCAAGUCAUUAAAAAGAUAUCUUAAUUUAAUAUUUUAGAGUCUGUUAUAUGGAAGUAAAUCUGUGCCAUCUGAUUUUGAAUUUGAAUUUCUAAAGCGGAAUUUUUCUUUUGCAUCAAAAUCGGACUUUUAAUUUCAAAAUCAUCGAAUUUCAAGCACGCAUUUUUAUUUCGGACACUUGUUUUUUUUUCACACUGAUGAACUAAAAUAAGUGUAAAAAAAAAUAGGUCUCAAAAUAUUUGUUUCGUAGAAAUUUGACUAAAAAAGAAACUGUGGGAAAAAAAAUUCAGCAUAAAAAAAAUUCAGUGUCAAAUAAUUCAGUGUAAAACAGACCGACUCAAGCAAUUGAUUUCUCAGUCUUCCACUGGGGUCGGUGCCACAUGACCAAUCUAGCAUUAUUUGAUUGGCUGGACGAUGGAUGAUUGAUCGAGGAAUUGAUUGCUCUCCCUUAAGUUUUUUUUUUUAAGUUGAGUUUUUAACAAACAAAUCUUUUAAGAGACUGAUUUAUUUUACACUGAAUUUAUUCCAUCAUUGUGAAAAAAUAAGAGUCAGAAAUCAAAAUGCAUGCUUGAAGUUCGAUAGUUUUGAAAUUCAGUCUGAUUUUGAUGGAAAAAAAUUCAGCUUUUGAAAUUCAAAUUCAAAAUCAGAUGGUACAGUUUUACUUCCACACUGUUACAGAUGGUGUUUUCAGGGAACGUUUAUCUUCCUCGUUCUAAACAUGACUACUAUCUUUUCUUUUCUUUUCUUUCAUUUGCAGCUGGUUCAAACUUGUCGACAAAACUGGAAAAGCAGACAAGCCACGAGGAGAGGUGCUGCUGGAUAUCACAUUCAUGAGAAACAACAUGUCAGCGAGCAUGUUUGACCUUUCUAUGCAAGACAAGCCCCGCUCCCGCAUCUCUAAGCUGAAGGACAAAGUCCGGGGGAAGAAGAAGGACGGUUUCUCCGACUCCGCUUCAGCUAUUGUCCCCUCUGUCAGCCAGGUCCUCACUGACAGUGAUGGAGAGCAUGAUGCACAGUCCCUCAAUCAGUUUCCAGGAACCAAAAAGAAAUCUAAACUCAAAUCACUCUUCGCUCCCAAAUCAAACUUGCAGCGCAACGUCUCACAGUCCAUGUCGACACUGGGGACUCUUCCUGAGAAGAAUUCAUCCCUCAGUGGCAGCCGUUCAUCUGGCCUCAAUGUAGAUUCCCCUGAAGGUAACUUAACCCCGCUGCUCUCUGUGUGCUUUGUAUGUUUACAGUUCUGUGUUUCCUCUGCAGCACAGUGCAGGUUAAAUAAUGGUGUUUUGCAUGACAACAAUGACUUUAUGCUUCACUGUCUCUCCUUCCUCAGGAAAGAAGAAAUUCAAAUUCCUCGGCCACAAGAGAUCAGGCAGCUCUGACAGCAAGGUCUCACAGGGUCCUUUCUCUUUACUGGGUCGCAACAAGCAGAGCAACAGUGACUUGAACAACUUGUGCAUCAACGGCAGCCAUGUUUACACCGAAGAAGAGUCCAAGAGUGGAUCUACUCUCAGUCUGAACAGCUCAGGCCAGGGAUCUGUGGAGGACGUCCACAAACACUUCUCCGAAGUCUCCGUAGACGCCUCUAGACGUGUUCCUGUUCCUACCCUACAGGUAGAGUCUACAGACAAAGCAAUGCUGGAGCAAAGGCGCCACCUAGAGGAGGAGGAAAGAAGACAGGCAGAGGAGAAGCGCCUAGCAGAGGCCAAAAAGCGGGAGGAAGAGGAGAAAUACAGGGCAGCAGCCAAGAGACUUCAAGAAGAAGAGGAGCGUAGGAUACAGGAGGAGCAGGAGUUCAAGAGACGCUUCCUUGAGGAGGAAGCUAGGAGAAAGAAACAAGAGGAAGAACUAAAGAAGCAAGAGGCAGCAGAAAAACAGAGGAUUGAAGAGGAGCGACGCAAAGCUGAGGAGCAGAAAUCUCAGGAGGAGGCCUCCAUGAGCGAAAGACUGUCUUCUCUGUUCGGAAUAAUCAAAAAGAAGGAAGAGAAGAAGGAGGAAGCACCACCAUUUAUCAAAGAGGAGCUGCCACCAACUCCUCUUGCCAGCUCCAAAGACCCCGAUCAAUCCCUCUCCCACCGCUCAACCAACCCGUUUGAGGACAUCCCCCUCAGCUCAGAUACUCCAGCCAGCAGCAACGACAGCCCAGCUGAUCAUCAGAAACCCCCAACCCCCUCUGCAAUGACCUUCCUGAACCGGACCGCCAAAGUGUCUGCAGUCAAACCCAGGUAGGCUUCCUUUUCUUCAGUCUACAUACAUUCAGCGUUUUCUCAAUGCAUGUCCUGUUUAUUCCUGCAGAUGUUGAAUAAUCUUGGUUACUUGUGGUCACACUGUUCUUAGACUUUCUUGACCGGAAUCUAAAAACUGCAUUUAGCUGGUCAAGAUGAGAAACUGCACACACUGAUGAUAUUCAUGAAUUAGAAGACUUUAUUUUCUUGUCAACCACGAACAAGCAUGAGGCACGAAAUCUAGACGAUGUAAUUUCAGAGAACCAGUGCAUGUUUCUCAUUGUUGAAUAUCACCUUACAUACAUCACGCCUGUCAACACUAAAACUUGGGAAUUUCACAACUUUCCCUCUUGUUUAUUGUUCACACUGACUCAAACAUGUGACCGUCUUGAAUCACCAAAACUUCAAAUUCAACCCCGCGGUUGCUGAUGGGCCAGUUGAACCGGUUUGGCCCCCGCACAGAUGGGAAUCUGGGUGGGGCUUGUGUUUGCGAGGAUGUUGUGGAACAGGUAGUGGACUGAGCAGAGCUCAUAAAGAGUGACUGCGCCACAGUGCUGCCUUCUUGGAGGACGUCUUGGGUGACUGGAUUUGUCUUUUGAAUUUUUUUAGAGUUAUUUUUGGACUUUUCAUCAUUUGUAGUUUUGUGUUUGCUCGAUGAUAAUGGUAAGGAGCUUUUGAAGCCUUUGGUGGUGCUGUUGUGUGUUCAAGAGUGCUUGCUAGAUAGCAGAUUGUAGUUCAGAAAUUCAAGGUUAGUUCUUUUGUUUAGCUGUGUCAUAUUCUUGUAUUAUGAUAGUAUGAUAAUCCAACAAUGAUCAUGUUAGACAAAUGUCACAUUGUCGUCUUUUCAAAUUUGUGGGUGGACCAAAGCUAAAAAUAGAGCCAGUCAGUGUGACGCCUGAACAUACAGAGAUUCUUCCUCAGUAGGUUGACAGUGAACUGUGGCAGCUUUAAGAACUGCAGGUGUGUAAAAGUUGUGGGGAGUCAGUUAGAUGUUGAUCAAUGUUAAGUCCUGUAGCUAUUUGAGGUUGUGCAUAUGAAUUUGAUUGUUUUUGUUGACAUGUGUGAUACAACUUAAAGUGGUGAUGGGCUGUGUAUUGAUGGGAAUGACCCUCGGUGAUGGUCACACUGACCUGUAGGCCUCUGUUUUCAUUCUCUGGCAGAUCAACUCAGUCUGUGGAGUCUGAACCUGCUGACUCCCAAUCCCCCAGCCAGCCGUCUUAUUCCCCCGUCACCUCUGAUCCCACCCUCCCUAGUGUCCUGUCAGAGUCCCCUGAUAAUUUGCCCGGCCUCCCCUUGUCUUUGACUCCGUCAAAUUUAAGUGAAAGCCCGCCUAGUUCUCCUCGUGGCAGCACAGAGGAUUUGUCCUCUGGGGGAUCUUCACCCACCAUGGCGGAGAAGAAGAAAAGAGCCCCUUUGCCUCCUUCACAUCAAGUGCUUGUGACUCAAACAGGAGGAAAUGGAUAUCUGAUCAAAGAGCUCAAGCAUUCUGCAUAUGAAGAAAGACCGCAACCAGACAUCAAACCAACCCUUCCACUUCCUGAUUAUGAUACCCUUUUCCCUCAUAAGAGACACGGAGUGCAAGGCCACACCAAAUGGGACCACUUAAUCGCAGAAGUCAACCAGAGAAACAGAGACCUCGGGCCUGAGCUUGUGGGCCCAGAAAUGAGCGUUGAUGGCCCAGAGGAGCCCGAACCCCGGCUUAGAGCUUCUCACACCCAGGAGAGUCCGGCUGUGGUCCUUUAUCAACCACAUCCCGAGACCAAACCUGUGUCCACAAAAAAAGGAGCAGCCCCACCUCCCCCUCAAUCAGGGGGGCCAAGACUGGGCCCGACUACUGCUCUCCAACCUCCCAUGAGGUCUAGUCCAUCUCCAGUACCAGGACCUGCAAACCCUGAUAUUUUAAGCAGAGAAAGUCUCCCAGUGAAAUCUAAGGACGAGGCGAGGAAGGUGUUGCGCCCAUCACCUGCAGCGCUGAAUUCAACCAGACCAACCAGCCAAACCAACUGGGAUUCAACGCCACAAGAUGAUCCGAGACAAGCCGGUGCGAACAAAGAGCCACCCAUGGCCAAACCCAGACAGAAAGCUAACGGCAAAGAGCUGUCGAAGCAGGAAGAUCUGAACCUCACACUGGGUGUUUCUGACAAAAAUCUGAGCAGUGAUAUCCAACAAAGUUUGGAUCUGAGCAGCAUGGACAAAAAGAGCGGGCAGUCAAAGGGCAGCUUUGCUGGAUUUGACCCGUUUCCCACUUCGGAUCUUCUUACUAAAGAUCCCUGGGCACAGCCAAAGCAGAGCAAAGAGGUAGAUCUUUUUGCCGGAGUGGUCCAGAAAGACCCAAAAGUGGAAGCUCGUGGUAUGACACCCGAGGAUCUUGAUGACAUUUUUAACAAGGACAAACCGGCCGAUCCAUUUGCUGAUUUUAAUGGCGGCAGUUCAAACAAUGAAAAAGAUGAAGACAGUUCAGGUUUUCUGAGAAGAAAUUCCAGCAGGCGAAAAACACCUCCACAUCCCACAUCUUACCUCGAUAACAAGCCCAAACCUCGACAAGAACCCGCAAAAAAAGAUGAAACAAGCACAAAAACAGCUAAUGGAGGCCUCCCUGCAGGAGAGGAGGCGGUCACACCAAAGCUUCAAGCCGAAGUGAAAACAGCGAGCUCUCGUUACAGAGCCGAGGAUGCAUUUGAAGCUGAACCUUUUACCCUAACUUCCUCUCAGCCCCUCCCUGUAGUCAUAGAGGAACCAGCCUCUCCGGCAGAAGGUGUUUCUGGGGGAAAGGCGCCCGUGAGAGCAUGGGUCUCACCCUCUGAAGUUCAGCCUGUCAGUGCUCAGAAUAGCAAUGGAGGUGGGCUAGCCUUGUCUGCACGCAGGUGAGAUUAAACAGGCCGCUAACAGGUUAUACUUUGGUGGACUGGUUUUGUAGACUUUAUGGAGAAAGGGCUGCUGCUGUUGUUGAUAUGGGAGGCAGGUGUUGGUGUUGGGAUUUAACCCUGGGUGUGUGUGACUACUUGGACAGCUUGUGAUUUAUCGGACACUCACCUCUGAGUUUUAUCCGGAUCAAAGUGGGAAGAUUUGUCAAUCACAAGAGAAAUCUCUUCAGUUUUUUCCCCCUGCACUACAUAUAUGUCUCAUCACCUCUGUGAUGUCUUUGUUGCGUAUUGCUUUUGAAACAGGAAUCCCUUUGAGAGUUUUAUGGUAAUGUUUGCCCUUUUCUUACAGGCCUCAUCCUGUGAAGCCCAUGAGCUCAGCUGAGAGUCAGAAUCUCUUUAGCGGUCCAGCUGGGAAAGAAAUAAAGGGCCGUGACAGCACACCAGGGAAAAUCCAGGUAAUAUAGUGUUGAUAUGAGUGAUAUACUGAGACCAAAUAGAUAUAUCACAACAGGUUUUUUGUAUUUUUCUGUAAGAGUAACACCAACAUAAAGAUUUCCUAUAGUCUGUUUGUAUUUUUUUGACAUUUUAAUGCUGGGAGAUGUAACCUUUCAAAGUUAAGUGUUAAACUUAAUCCGUCACGUCUGGCAGCUUCAAAGUAAAUUAAAAUUCUCAUCUUUUGUUCACCAGCUUAAUCAACAGCAGAAAAUAAAUGGAUUUUCUGAUGUUUGCUCAGCUGUUAAGAAAAAUAUUAAAAAAGAGAUAAUAAAGGGGUUGGAGGAGAGGUAAAAAAUUUUUGUCCAAGUGUUUUUUCUCAAAGUUAACAAAGGUAACUCCAAGAAAGCCCUCUGCUUAAUUAUUCAUCAUGAAACAAAUCAUGAAAUUCACAGCUCAACAUGUACUUAAUUAAGUCGGCCUGCGUGUGUUAAUUAGAAUGCAUUUACUGUAUUCUCAGGUGGGAGACUCCGUCGAAAGCGGACCUUAUACCCAGUUGACGCAGGAAGAGUUGAUCACACUGGUGGUGAAGCAGCAGACCGAUCUGUCGAGGAGGGAUGCGAAGAUCGUAGAGCUGGAGGAGUACAUCGACAACCUGCUGGUCCGUGUCAUAGAGGAGAAACCCGCAAUCCUGCAGUCUCUCAACGCUGCAAAACCGGUGUAG